AUGAGAGGGGAAGAAGAUGAGGAUGUGAGCGGAGCAGCGAGGCAGAAGGAAGAGGAAAGGGUUGGAGUUAGCCUCAUGGAAACUUCACACCCUCUAGCAACAGAGAGCUUCUCAUACAGUUGGUUAGCAACAGAAUCAGAACUACACAAAACCAUCUCAAACAACAUAUCAGAAACUUCUCACAACUUUGAUUUCGACAUUUCAAUCUCGAAAACUAGUCCCUCUUCACUUGUUCAUGCUGAUAAACUCUUCUCAAAUGGCCUCAUCCUGCCUCAGUCCCUCGACGAGUCAGGGGACAAUAACUAUUAUGCUUCAACACCAUCACCAUUGCUUAUCAGUUCUACAAUUCAUCAUCAUCAUCAUCAUCCAUCUUCGUCGUCGUUUCGAAGAAUGUUCAUGGGAAAAUGGAGUAAAUUUGUGCCUAGGAAAAUAAUCAGCAAGUACAUAAAAUGCUUGAUUCCUAGGAGAGAAACAAUAGGCAGAGGUGGAACAAGAGUUGAUGAUGUGAAUAGGAUAACUUGGGAAGUAAAAAGUUGGACUACUAAUAAUACUCCAGUUGUUUCUUCUCCUAUGAGAGAUAAUUCAGCAGCUUAUUGUUCAGCAGCAACAGCUUGGAGUGAUAUUGAUGAGAGCUCCAUUCGUGAUGCUAUUCUCUACUGUAAAAGAUCUAGUACUGGUUUAUGUAAUUAG